GCCAACCCACAGCACUGUGACUCCGGGAUGGGGAGAUGCAGCUCCUGCACCCCCGGGGUGAAGGGGUUGGGGUGACCCUACACCAGCACCCCCUUCCCGAGCCCCUGCAGCUCUGCCCGUCCCUCUGCCUGUCCCUGUCCCCUCUGGCACGGCCUCGGCGCUGCUGUAGCCGCGGCGGCUCCCAGGGCUGAGAAACCUCGGGAAAUCCCUCGGCGCUUGUUACCUGCCUGGCACCGAGGUCUCACCUGCCCCUGGCUGCUCACCCCGAGCUCUCACACGAGUGUGCGCACACACAGCUGUGGGUCCGUGCGGGAGCUUUUGUGUGAAUUUUUGGGUGAGUUUUUGGCCGCGAUGCCCAACUUCUCCGGGAACUGGAAGAUGAAGAGCUCGGAAAACUUCGAGGAGCUGCUGAAGGCGCUGGGAGUGAACAUGAUGCUGCGGAAGAUCGCGGUGGCGGCGGCGGCCAAGCCGGCGGUGGAGAUCCGGCAGGACGGGGAGAGUUUCUACAUCCGCACCUCGACCCCCGUGCGCACCACCGAGAUCCGCUUCAGGGUGGGCGAGGAGUUCGAGGAGCAGACGGUGGACGGGCGGCCCUGCAAGAGCCUGGCCCGGUGGGAGAGCGACAACAAGAUGGUUUGCGAGCAGCGGCUGCUCAAGGGCGACGGCCCCAAGACGGGCUGGUCCCGGGAGAUGACCAACGACGGGGAGCUCAUCCUGACCAUGACGGCCGACGACGUGGUGUGCACCAGGGUCUACAUUCGGGAGUGACCCCCCCAGCUCAGCUGACACCCCAAAUUCCCCCCUCCUCCACCCCCUCAUCCCCUGCACUCAUCCCCCGGCCGCGGGGAGGGUGUUGCGUCUCCCCACGGGGCUACAUCAGCCGAACACCUUUUUUGGGGGGACACACACACGGCUUUCCCUCCCGCUGCAGGGCGGGGUCGGUCCCUCCCGGGGCAGCAGAAUCUCCUGUUCCGGCCCCGCUCCGCCGCGCACCGAGCGCUCGGGGCUGGCGAGGUGCCGGGGUGCGGCGGGGGGUAACGCGGCCCCUCCCUGCCCUUCGGGCUGCUUUCAGCUGGUUUGGGUUCGGGCUGCUGUCGGUUCCCGCAGCCCCCAGCCCUGCCCCGCGACCCCUCCCCAGUAUUUAUUUGUGAAUAUUGUACCAGACGGGAACACCAAACCCCCUCAGCCUGGGGCAGUGCCAGGUCCCAGCCCCCACAGGGUCCAACUUCCCUCUGUCACCUCUCUCCUUUUUUAAUAAAUGUCUUAUGACUCCCC